UUGGGGCACUCUGCAUCGCAGCAGCAACGAGCAGGGCCCCAAGUGGCCCGCAGGGCUCCAGGGCAAGCCUGGGCCCGAACACAGGGGGCCGCCCACGCCAGAGCACCCUGUCGGGGACCACAGGAGCCAGCACAACGAACCAGCCUGUGUCGGGAGCCCCGAGUGCUCCUCCCUCUAGUCACAUCCCCGGGCACCAGACCAAGGAGAGGUCCAGAUCGGACGGCGGCACUUCCAGCAAGGCUGCCUGCGGGGACGGGGGCGUCCUGGCCUCCCCUCCUAGCACCACCGCCUUAGUGGUCAGCACGGCCCACACCAGCCUUGCCACCAAGACCCCCUCAUCCCCUGCCCAGAGAUUGAUUAGGUGCAAAAGAGCUUCACCGGGUAACAAACCAUCUUCCUGCACAUCCCAGCCCACUGCCGCUGCCCCUGCCUUGACAGCGGCCCCCCAGCUGUCCGGCGCUGUGUCCCAUGCUGGGCCCAACAGCCAGCACCCCGGUCCCCCAACUGGCACCACAAGGCCGGCCCCCAUUAGCAUGGGGCUUUCGGCAGCACCCCCAGUUUUGGGGAGAGGAGAUGAUGUUGCCGAUCUGUGCUCCAGAUUUGGGGCACUCUGCAUCGCAGCAGCAACGAGCAGGGCCCCAAGUGGCCCGCAGGGCUCCAGGGCAAGCCUGGGCCCAAACACAGGGGGCCGCCCACGCCAGAGCACCCUGUCGGGGACCACGGGAGCCAGCACAAUGAACCAGCCUGUGUCGGGAGCCCCGAGUGCUCCUUCCUCUAGUCACAUCCCCAGGCACCAGACCAAGGAGAGGUCCAGAUCGGACGGCGGCACUUCCAGCAAGGCUGCCCGCGGGGACGGGGGUGUCCUGGCCUCUCCUCCUAGCACCACCGCCUUAGUGGUCAGCACGGCCCACACCAGCCUUGCCACCAAGACCCCCUCAUCCCCUGCCCAGAGAUUGAUUAGGUGCAAAAGAGCUUCACCGGGCAACAAGCCAUCUUCCAGCACAUCCCAACCCACUGUCGCUGCCCCUGGCUUGACAGCGGCCCCCCAAAUGCCCGGCGCUGUGUCCCAUGCUGGGCCCAACAGCCAGCACCCCGGCCCCCCAACUGACACCACAAGGCCGGCCCCCAUCAGCAUGGGGCUUUCGGCAGCAACCCCAGUUUUGGGGAGAGGAGAUGAUGUUGCCGAUCUGUGCUCCAGAUUUGGGGCACUCUGCAUUGCAGCAGCAACGAGCAGGGCCCCAAGUGGCCCGCAGGGCUCCAGGGCAAGCCUGGGCCCAAACACAGGGGGCCGCCCACGCCAGAGCACCCUGUCGGGGACCACGGGAGCCAGCACAACGAACCAGCCUGUGUCGGGAGCCCCGAGUGCUCCUCCCUUUCAUCACAUCCCCAGGCACCAGACCAAGGAGAGGUCCAGAUCGGACGGUGGCACUUCCAGCAAGGCUGCCCGUGGGAACGGGGGCGUCCUGGCCUCUCCUCCUAGCACCACUGCCUUAGUGGUCAGCACGGCCCACACCAGCCUUGCCACCAAGAACCUGUCAUCCCGUGCCCAGCACCUAAGAGGACGUAAAAGAGCUGCACCGUGCAGCAGUCAAUCUAGAUAAUUUUCCAUCUGCCCAGCUCAGACAUAAUCUUUAAAAAAAAUUAGUUUUACAUGGCUUUCUGGUUUGUUGACACAAAUAACUUAAUAAUUGUUUUGCUAAAACCCUGAUUUUUUCCCCUUUGAACUCACACAGUAUCUACAUAUUCCAUUAGUUCCUUUUAAUACUUCACUUGUCCUUUAAAAAAAUCUGACUUUUAAAAGGAAGAGAGGGGUGUAAAGAUAUGCAGGUAAAUACAGUAAGUGCUUUUCUCUAAAUAAGCUGCCAGCAUGUUCAUUGCUGUAUUGCUUUUAUUCGUAAAAUAUUGGAAGCACCUUAAAUAGUUUUCAUGAGAGAACUAGCUAAAUAGUUAUUGAUAUAUAAAGGACUGCAAUACAACUAUUUUUUUAAAGUAGCUCUAUCUGUACUAUCAUGAAAGAUUUCCAUUACAGUAUUCAGUGAAAAAAUUAAGCGACAGAACAACAAGUAUAAUGUGAAACCAUGAAUGUAAAAAACAAAAAUAUAUUUGUGUGCUUGAAAGUUUGGAAGGAUUUUACCAAUAUCUGAGAAAGAGAUGGAUAGAAGGGAAUUACUUUUUGCUGUAUACCUGUCUAUGAUACUUGUUUUUACUACAGGUAAGAAUCAGAUUGUAAAAUAAAGAAAAAUGUAAACCUAGGAAAAGACUCUAAGUGCA